AUGAUACUUAUCGGUAAAACUGGAACUGGUAAAAGUGCAACCGGUAAUUCCAUCCUUGGAAAAUAUGUUUUUAAUUCCUCAGAAGGAGUGGAAUCAGUCACAAAGACAUCAAGUUAUAAUAUUACCGAUAGAUUCGGGUAUAAAGUAACUGUUAUCGAUACUCCUGGACUUGAAAACACAGCUAUAUCAGAGAAAAAUAUUUUUGUUGAAAUUUGGCAAGCAUUUCUAAUGGCAUCCCCUGGUCCACAUGCCUUUAUACUGCUGUUAGAACCCGGUAGACUGACAGAAGAGGAUGAAGAAGUGGUACAAAAAUAUCAAAAUGUCCUUGGUGAUGAAUUCACAAAGUAUUUGGUUGUUUUAUUCAAAGACAAAAAUAAGUUAAGGGAUCUAGGACUGACAAUGGAAUAUAUUCUAAACACAAUAUCUCCAGAAAAUAAGAUGGCUAAACUAUUGAAUGCUGUGAACAAACGAUAUUCUGAAAUAGAUUACUCUCCAAACUUUCAUGAGCAGGAAGAAGACGUUCAACAGUUAUUACAAAUAAUAAAUGAGAUGAAAAAGAAUAAUAAGCCACCUUAUCUCAAAAUUAAUGCAGAAACGUUUGGGAAAAAUUCUUUUCGUUAUUUAUGGACAACUGAUUCUGAGAAAAAGAACACUUUUGUUGGCUUUCCUGAAGGUAUUCCCCAAACAAUUGAAGCGAUGACCAAAUCUGUCAGUGGUAAUGUUAAAAAAAUAAUGAAAUCUAUUGCUAUUAAAUCUAUAACGUAUGUUCGUCCAGACAUAAGUGAAGAUUCAGCUACCCAAAUGAUAGAAGCUCUGUCGUCAUUUGUCUCUCUAGGUUUCCAAUAUUAUAAGGAAAAUGAUGAUUAG